AUGGCGGAGAAUGAGCAACAGGAGGUGGUGGCAUACGACUACGACAGAGAGUUAUAUCGGUGCCCCAUCUCGUGGCCCAUCACAUCUGAGAAGGCGAAGAUGACGAAAAAGUUAUACGUGCUCAUUAAGAAAACUGUUGUGAAUAACAAAAAAGAUGUUAUAAAGGGUAUCAAAGACGUGACGAAGGCAUUACGCAAAGGACAGAAGGGAAUUCUUGUUCUCGGUGCAGAUGCUUCCCCUUAUGACGUGAUUUCGCAUCUUCCGCUUCUUGCAGAGGAGUCGGAUGUGCCGUAUGUGUGGGUGCCAUCACGACAGGACUUGGGAACGGCAACGCAGUGCAAGCGGGCCACUUCUGUGGUAUUGCUGAAACCAACAGCUGAGUUGAGGCCAAAUUACGACAAAAUGAUUCUGGCAAUUGAGGAUCUCAACACGGCGUGA